AGGGGCCACCGAGGCGCCGACUCCACAGGGCUCACGAGCUCGUGUGUAAAGAAUUGACACAGCCAAUUUGUUUCAGUGUGUGGAGAGCCUGAGUGAGGUGCGUGCUUAGAAGACCUAUAAAUUGUGAAGAUGUGCAUGGCUUAGACAGUUCGUUUUCAACACCAGACAACUGAACUCUAAUUUUCAACCACGACGGGCACAAUACCGUAUACAAAUCCUGUGCGUAGUUUAUACGACCUUGGUUGGACUGCAAGGUGUCGACAGGAACAUUUACCUUUCUUUCGCACAUGCACAGCGACGCAUGGGUGGAAUGCUUCUAACGAAUAAGUACUUUUAUGGAGUUUCUUUCUUUACUUCGUCUUUGGGUAGCUUUGGGACAGUAGAGCGCGGUUGCAGCUCCCCUUUUCCCGCGGAACUCUACCUGGAUGGAAACCAUGUCACCACAGCAACAGAACGAGCUGAGUCGCAGGACGUCACUCACCGGCGAGUCCAAGACCAGCACGCAACAUGAACACAAGAGGAGGUUGAAGUCUCUGAGCCAUCGUCGACAGUCCGCUCCCUCUUUGGUCAUCAACAAAGCCCUGACCAGAUCCAGAACUUUCUCCAGAGAGAGCUUCCUGGUUCCUGUGUGUCCAGAGACGUGCCCAUUGGUCCAGUCGUUCCUGUGUCCUGAUAGGGCGUUCCUCCUGCACGGCCACGUCACGCUGAAGACAGGGCUGCAGACGCAGGACAGAGACUUCUUCCUCUUCACUGACAUCCUCAUCAUCGCCAAGUCCAAGUCUCCCACACACUUCAAGCUGAAGGCCCAGGUGUGUGUGGGUGAGAUGUGGACAGCCCAGUGUAUGGAGGACGUAUGUGAGGGCAGCACCAACCCAGAGAGGAGCUUCGUCAUGGGCUGGCCCACCUGCAACUGUGUGGUCACCUUCAGCUCUGAGGUCCAGAAGGAGAGCUGGCUCUCCAUGCUCAAAAGUCGAUUAAAAGAGGAGAAGGAAAAGGAUGAUCCUAAAACCAUUCCACUGAAGGUGUUUGGGAAAGGCAUCGGGAGUUGUGCUCAGGCCGUCAGUAAGACCUUGGGUGUCAGUAACUCUGAUUCAACCAAUGAGGUUGUCCGACUCGCUCUUCAACAGUUUGGUGUCACGAGCUGUGUGAAGGACUACCAGCUGUGGGUAAGCUCCAAGAGGGACAACGCCCCUUACCCUCUCAUUGGUCAUGAGUUUCCUUUCAGUAUCCAGAUGAGUCAUAUGCGGGAGCCCCUGGCCCAGCCGGGCCGCAGGGACACAGUUCCACCUCCAGACAGACAGAGGGCGAUGCACCGCGACCAGGUACAGGUGGACAAACAGUGCCAGUUCAUCCUAAAGACCCGAUGCAGCUCCACAACAACAACGCCUGUGAUUGUAGACCCAGCUCAGAAGCCCUUCAAGCGAAGGCGUUCUCUCAUCAACUGGGCUUUCUGGAAAGGCUCCAAUCCUAACCUCCACAGUUCCUCUACAAACCUCUCCUCUCCUGCCCCCGGCUACCUGUUUGGCCAAUCGCUGAGCACCAUCUGUUGGGACAACUCCCUGCCCAAGCCCGUCAUGGACAUGCUGGUGUUUCUGUACAACGAGGGUCCGUUCACGCGGGGGAUAUUCCGACGGUCAGCGGGGGCGAGGGCGUGUCGUGAACUCAGGGACAGACUGGACUCUGGGGCUCAGGAUGUCCCGCUGUCACGGGAGCACGUCUUCAUCAUCGCUGCUGUGUUUAAGGACUUCCUGCGGAACAUUCCGGGCAGUCUGCUGUGUUCCGACCUCUAUGAACAGUGGAUGGAUGUGAUGGAGGAAGCAGAAUCGGAGGAGGCAGAGGAGGAGGAGCAGGCACAGGAUAUAACGAGGCUGAUUGGUCUACUGCCCAAAGAGAACGCCCUGUUGCUACGCCACGUUGUCGCCGUGCUGCACGGUAUCCAGGAAAACGCCCAUGACAACCAGAUGAACGCCUUCAACCUGUCUGUGUGCAUUGCUCCCAGCAUGCUCUGGGCUCCGGGCCCCAGCAGCCCCGAGGUGGAGGGGGAGGGCGCCAAGAAGGUGUGUGACCUGGUGAGGUAUAUGAUAGAACACUGCCAGGAGGUCCUGGGAGAGGAUGUCACCUCCGUGUUUGGAGGUCUACCCCGGAAACGUGCCGAAUCGGACGUGUCUUCCUUCCACCUGACCGACUCAUCUUAUGACAGCCUGGAGAACAUGCUGAAUGAUGACAGCAGUGAGUCUCCAUGCCUCCACACCUCACGGCGGCGCUGGAGAGCCAAGCCCCUGCAGGGCAGCCUGGACUCGGUCCUCACCCUGAGUGACUGCGACAAGGAGCAGCCCGACCUGGACACAGACCCACAGACCCCACACUACAGACCCCCAAUCUGGCAACCAGCACCACCCCCCCCAGCUCCUCGGAUGGGGGGGAGGAGGUGCUCAGAGCCGGCCAUAGGGUACUCUGUGGCCAGCUUUGUGGCGCGACUGGCAGGGAACGCAGACAGGCUGGGUAGCAUCGAUGACCUGGCUGGAGGUGGGGAGAUGUUUCACAGCUUACGGAAGGAUGGACAGACACAGACACACGGACUCACACACACAGGGGAGUGGAAUGGCAGUAAGGGUGUGUGUGACCCCGAACCCUCACAAGGACAGGGGCUCAGUCCCAAUAUCUCCCCGCCGAAGGAGGUCCCUUCCUGGGGUACGCUGAAAGGCUGCAAGGGGCUCCAUCCCAACACCUGGUUGAAGAGAGGCCGCAGACUGUCGCUGUCGCAGCAGGAGGAUGAGGGGGGUGUGGUGGAUUCCACUAACAAGACUCUCCCCACUAGCAAGUCAUGUCAGGAUAAAGGAGGGCUGAAACAGUCGUCUGAGAACCCGCCCAAGUCCAGCCUGGCCAGCUGCCCUCCAAAGGCAGGAGGGUUGCAGAAUCGCGGCAGGGUGACCAAGGACCGACGAUCCAGUCAAGGCUCGGUGAGCCCACCAUCGCGCCAGAGGUCCCAGGAGCAUUUCCACUCCUGUCGCUCUCCCUGCUCCCAGCCCACAGACAGACCCCUCACUGUCAAAGAGCUGAGAGAGAUACACAGCCAGGCCUGCGCAGCGAGCAAAACAGGAUAUGACAUCACAAAUCAGGGCAGUCGUACCCCUCCCCAACAUGUGUUCUUUGGGCAGGGUGGACCCAGCUUGUCCCUAGCCAGGCAGAAGUCCCACUCCCUAGCCCCAGGCAUGGAGGGUCUCUCCGGGGGCAGGUGCUCCCAGCGCCGGAGCUCCGAGCCUGGGGCAGCACAUCUAGGCGAAGCCCUGGUUCUGGAUAAGGCCUCACACCCGGAGAGACUUCACAGAGAGGCCAAACUGGGUCCGAGGUCAAAGUCAGUGGACGGGUCCCAAGACCUGGGGUUGAAGGUGUCCUGCACGGACCAAAGCGGGGCUCCGAAGUUUUGCCUGUCUCCCUCUGCCACCAAGGCUGUGAGGGACUAUUUCUCGCCUCACACGCACAGCAAUCCCAGCAGUGGUCAGCAGGUGGCGCUAGCCCUGAUUCAGGGGCAGAGGGAGCGGCUCAGGAGGUGUAGUGAUCCCAUGCUGGAGCCCGACUUUGACCAACUGCUCUUUGCUGAAGAGUCCUACGUGUGA